AUGGCGCCCCUAUUCCCUACGAAUCGUAUCAAGGUGUGGCGGUUAAAUGUUCAGCAUGUCUCAGAAAGCUUGCAGAGUCGGGCCGGGUCUAUGUAUCCAAUGAGCCGCCAUGUCGGCCAAGAUUUUGUCCAAUUUUCUCAACUGUACGGAAACUCGGUGAUCUUUACUCCGUGGCGUUCUCAGCUUGAAGAUGUUCUUGCGAUCCAGGGGGUGCAAGAAGCCAGCAGUUGA